ACCGGGGCGGCGGAGGUGAUGGGGGCCUGGGGCCGGAAGGCGAGAGAGGCCGGAGGUCGCUGCCUCUCGGAGCCUCUUUCUCCGCAGCUCGGCUCCUGACAGCGCUUCUAGAAGGAGCCGCUUUGUCCCGGCCGUCGUCAGCCGCGCGUCGGCUGGCGGGCUGGGAAGCGCAGUGGUUAGUCAGUCAUCCUGCUCUGUGCUCCGGGCUCCGCUCUGGAGAGCAGCCGAGCCAGGACCUUAAAAACCGUACAGAAUUUCAAGAUGAGUGAUACUUCUGAAGUAAUUCCAAAUUUUGAAGAGAUGUUUGCAAGCAGAUUCACGAAAGAUGACAAAGAAUACCAGGAAUACUUGAAACGCCCUCCUGAGUCCCCUCCAAUUGUUGAGGAGUGGAAUAGCAGAGCUGGUGGUAACCAAAGAAAUAGAGGCAACUGGCUGCAAGACAACAGACAAUUUAGAGGUAGGGAUAACAGACGAGGAUGGCCAAGUGACAACCGGUCAAAUCAGUGGCAUGGACGGUCAUGGGGUAACAACAACUACCCGCAGCAGAGACCAGAGCCCUACUAUCAACAACAGUACACACAGUAUGGCCACAACCAGCGGCCUCCGUAUGGUUACUACUGACAGAAAUGUUGGCAGCUUUUAACAAAGACCUUUUAUUUUGACAACAUGCUAAAUGCUUGUGUGUCUUCUGUUGGUCAUAGUUUUUCAUUCUGUUUUAAAGAAUGGGUUAUUAAUUGAUUAGAACUUGAGACUUGGGAAAAAAGUAAUCUUAUUAAAACCUGAUGAUUGAUGGGGAUAAAUGUACUAAGUGAGGAUUAUUUGACUUAUCUUACAUACUGUUCUGUUCUAUGAUUUGGUAGUGUUUUGAGUUUUCCUUAUUUGGACUCUAGGGAUUCUGUAUCACAGAAAUAAAAAUUUUUAAUUAAAAUGCUGGCUUUUGCUGUCUGAAAGAAUAGCAUGCUCACAUGUGCCCACCUCAGAAGUGUUUCAGAGGCUAAAACUGUCAGUCUGUGAAAACACACCCACAAUUACUUACAGUAAUUGAACAGCAGUUCAGUUGAAAGGUAAAACAGUUACGUCGCUUCUGUGUUGUAUGUGACCAUGGUGUCUUGUGGUUUAUAAGUGAGUCAGCUCUAGAACUGCUUUGGUCCUAUGUGGAAGGGCUCAUUUUCUGUGCAGCCUCCUGAGGCAGUAGAGGGUGGGAUGGUAGCACUCAACAUUUUGUAUAUCCCAAGAUUUUUGUAAACUUACAACAAGGAAGACAUGGAUGUGCGCUGUAACACAAUACUCAUGUAAAUAUUGUUGCAUUUUGAUUGUUUUGGUAUUGUGUAUUGAUUUUUGUGAGAUUAUUUUCAUUUUCAAAUGCUUACCUUUGAUGCUUCCUCUUACAGCUAUAGUGAGGCUGUCACUUGCUUCAGAACAAUCAUUCUUGAAAUAUUUUCAUGGUAACAGAUUUAUUCAAAUAAAAAAAUUUUAAGUCCUUAGUAUAUUAUGUGUGUACCAAGUUGUGAAAGAAUGAAUAAAUAAAUUGCAUUAAAAUGUA